AUGGAUCUUGACGGCGAAUUUGUGGAGGUGCUCGAGGAAGACUUCAAGGAAUGGCCAUCCUCGACAAGAUCUAGGGCUGUGGAUCUUGGGGGUAUAUCCGGUACCACCAAGGUAGUGAGGGAGCACACUGUUGUAGAACGGAGAGCUUUUACCAAAGAAUUAAAGGAGUUCCAAAACUACCGGCCGGAUCAGGACUUGGAUGAUGAUGAACUCGAGCAAAGAGCUACCAAAUUAAUAUCACCCUUGAAGGAAGAGUUUGAUGCCUUUUAUAUGGACCCAGCCUCUCCGAUGGAUGAAGAGCAGGAUAUAUUUGAGUCUACUAGAAUAAACCCAUUCGGGUACUCAAACCCAAUGGCAGAUUAUGACUUUUUAGAGGAUGAAUCUACGUGUUCCUUCGAGGGCAUAUUUGGUGCCCUGAAUGACGCUUUCGGAGAACUCGACGUCGAAGGAUACAUCGCUGAUGCAACGUCCGGCGAGUACGAGAUGGAGGACCACGACGACAUACGGUUUCCUGAAGCGGGUCUCGAAGAUGCUAGAGAGACACUCCUUCACGGUAUCUCAACGUGCUUCCAUUUUUCGAGACAGAACUGCAAGUGUGACGAUUGCAGGGAAGAAAACCAAGCCGAAAAGGCGAGAAGAGGGCUGAGGGAGGCAAAGGAUUAUCUAAUUGAGGAUAGUUUGCUUAAAUGCCGCAUCGAAAUGCUCCUCCACAACCAGGAAAAGCAAACUAAUCUUGGGCCGAGACCCGGAGAGCAAGAUAUGGAUCCUUCACAGAGGGCCGAAGAGCACGCGAUCAGAUUGUCCAACCAAGCAACGGACCAGACCGAGGAUGAAAUCAACACGUUCCUAGACUUAAAUUGGUACCUCGAGGAGCAAAGUAAGUUGAGACGGCGCUUUUUCAUCCAGUCAAAGCAGUAA